AUGGAGAUGUGGGGCCAGGUACGAAGUUUCGAGCUUCGCCUACGCCUUCGAGAGACUCGUCGAAGAAACGAAGAAAGCCCUGAGCCCGAUUCAACUACUGGAUUACCAGAGCGCGGCCGCCACUCGCGCACAAUCACGGCGCCCGUACCCGAGUGGCUUCAAGAAGAGGUGGGAGCAGACAAGUCGUUUGAUGACAUUCGUCAUCUCAUUCAAAGGAUCCGUCAGUAUCUUUUAGAGACCGAGCGUGACCAGCAAGAUCAGCAAGCUCUAGGCAGCACGACACUCAAUUCCCAAGGUCCCAGAAGGGGUUCCUCGGCUCAUGUCAUAUUUCCCGACAUUGAGAUUAUCCCGGCCUUCGACGAGGAUACGCUCCAACCAAAGAAACCUUCUUCCUCGGCUCGGCAUACAAAAAGUCAAUCCGCUGGUGCUCAAACGGAGGACGACAGGGCUGGAGAAGAAGCAUCCGCUUCAAGAAGUCGCCGACAAAGCCAGGGAUCGCGGCCCAGAGGCAAUCGUGUGUCCGGACGUGGUACGGUCAGAAAAUUGAGGGAUGACGGCUCGCAACGAAAUCGUCGAUACAUCAAGGAGGAUUAG